CAAAUUUCUUGAUUUUGUUUUAAUUUAUUUAUUGAUAUCACUUCAACUCUAAUUACCUUCUAUAAUUCGCAAAGCGAUAUUUUGGAAAGUUGAAUUGUUUUAAAAUUUAAUUUUGUUUUUAUAAUUUGGGUCACUCGUUACGCUUCUUAUUUUGGGUGAACUAUUUUUGUCCGUUCGUUCUACAUUCGUGCGGAGAAAUAUAUUUUGACACCUAGGAAAAGAAUGUUCAUGUACGUGAUUUUUCUAUAAUUGGGUGUUUGGGUGAUGGUGAUGAAUGUAAUGGCGGGCAUGGGGGACACGGCGGUGCACGAGCGUCUGCCAACGCUGUGGCGCCGUAUUAAGAGUGUGCACUGUAAUUAUGUUGAAAUGGAAGACUGCCCGGAGAAAAUUACGUUGAAGAAGAAAUUGGAAGAUUACAUUAUGGAGUACCUGUCGUUAGUACCACCGGAGUGUAAAUUCAGUUUGGCUGUGACUGAGAGAGUGUUCCAGCGGACGAUAAAUGAAAUGUCUGACUUUAGUGCGUACCGCGCUGGUGUCGGCUGGGCGGCGAUAGAACGGUAUGCCAACAACGUCUUCACGCAGCCAUGGCGGAACGAGUAUAAAGUCAUCAGACUAUACUCUGGUUUCUACAAGCACGAUGUGGAGGCGAAUCUUGUGGGCGCGGACGGCAUGUUGCUGGCGCUGGGCUACAGGCCCGAGGACCGGUGCGCAGCGCGGCUCAAGCUCGAUGAGCCGACGUCUACUGAAGCAGCCCUCGCCGUCUCUAUAGACGCCAUUAUUGCACACUGCGAGUGCCAGAUAAUGUCGAAAGUGUUGGAGGACCUGUUGGGGCGCGGCGUGCGCGCCAGCUGGCAGGACGUGGUGCAUCAGCGCAAGGCACAGCUGGCCCAAGUGCAGCCCGCGCCACUCGUUGCCCCUCUCGUAGCGGGAUACUAUGGUGACGAUUCGGAACUCUACUCGAAUGUGGCCGUCACAGUAACGGCUGACACGCACCGCAUCAACAUGACCGAGGCCCAGUACAAUCCCAGCUUAGCGCAGUGUAACAACAUUUGUACAGAUGUGUCGCCUAUUGAGGAGCCGAUACCACCAAUGUUACAUCCUCCGUACAUGGUGUCUCCCCACAUGGUGUACCCGGCACCGCACCACAUGAACGACAUGCCCGUCCCGGUGCCCGCCGUCAUGACACCGUACGGCCCGGUGCAGUACUUCCCGGUGCAGGCGCCUUACAUGAUCCCUAUGCCCGUGUAUGCGCCGAUCAAACAUGCCACCAACAUCCCCGUCAAUGGCUACCCUCCCAUCCCGCAGUGCAGGUAUCCCUCGGGGCCUACGGUACCGACAGCACAGCUCAUAGAAUUGGACACGCCCUCCGUUUAUGAGAACGGCAAGUUUGAGAGACAUCGAGAUGAAGAAAGAAGUAACAAGAAGAGCGGAAUGCAUCUCGAGACACCUAAACGAACGUCCUCGAGAUCGGGUUUCAGCGACGUCACGUUACCGAGUUUGCCACGCUCCGACACGCAGCCAGCUUUGAGCAAAGCCAAAGAGGACGGCAUGGGCACGUACGAGAGCUGGGAUUAUGUGUUCAGGAAUUUAUCGAGUAAGAAUAAAGAUGGGGACAGCAGAAGUGGCUUUUCGCAGUCGCUCGAUAGAGAUUCUAGGACGUUAGAUAGAUUGGAAAGAGAGGAAAGGAGAUCGAAGUAUCAACCGACCACGUUGGAUUUGGAAGACGGAUUGCAAGCCCUCAACCUUGAUCGAACUUACGACGAGGAGAUGUACAGGACUGCGAAAGUUAACGAGAAUCUCAUGAGGUUGAAGCAGGAACAGGAGUCGAAGCGAGCGAAACAGCUCAGCAAGAAACAUCCGGACGACAAAAAGAAACGUCACUCGGCGGAGGCCGUCGGCAAUCCAAAAGCGGACGGCCUCAUACCCACCAAAGUGCCUUCGGAUAAAGUUAAAUUACUGUCAAAGAAGGAAAUAAAAGACAGGAAGGAGGUUUUAAAGCAGCAGAACUUUAUCAAUGGAUCCGGUUCAAAUAGUGCUGAAGUUAAAAAAGUGAAAAAACCAAUAAAGUUGGUGGCUGCUGAGCUCGAUAGGAACAACAAGAGCAAACCGUUGGAGAAUGGUGUGGAUAGAACGCAACACCUAACGAAAACUGCUGCAACAUCCAGCGCGCAUUCGAGUUACGAUAUAAAGGCUCAGUUAGUAGUCACAUUAGACGAGCCCAACCACAUUCGUCGCUCCCCACCGAAGUAUAACCAUCAGAAUGGAGAUAGAGAAAGUGGUAACCUGCAUAAUAGUGAGAAAGAGAGACCAAAUACGGCAGAGAGCGAGUCGAAGAGAGACAAAUGGCAGUGCUCAACAUGUACGUAUUUAAAUAAGUUAACUUUACAAGCUUGCGAAAUGUGUGGCAAGUCCAAACGUGGUCCGGAGAUACAGCCUCUCACGUCUGGAGGGCGGGAGUGUCCCGCGUGCACUUUAGUUAACACUCGCAAUGCGACUGUCUGCGAUGCAUGCGGAACCAGCUUGCAACAUUGUCCCACAUACAUUUAAAGUUCAAAAUUCUAUGAUAAUGAUUUUGAACCUAUUGCCAAGUUUAUUCUAGUUCAAACCCCACCCUUGAACCAAAUGUUUAAAAAAUUACAUUUAAUUAUUCUUGUAACCGUGGGUUCCUGAAGCUAAAAUCCUCGUUUAAAACAUAUUGUUAUCUCUGUCUUGUCAAAGAUAAUGACAAGUAUGACGAUAUGUUUUAUACACAGAUUUUGGUGUCAGUAACUCACGGUAAAUGAUUCAAAAUAUUUAAUGUUACCACAACUGCUGUUAAUUAACUGUUGGAUAUAUUUAAAAUUGAUUCUGAGUGUUAAUUUUCCAAAGCUGAUGUUUUCCUUUGUCGCAUUUUAAGCCAUUUUAAUCGCAAGGGCGGGGUAAUUUUGUUAUUUAUUAUUUUGUAUAAUUUUUACAUCUAAUUUUAUUUAGUGGCAACCCUAUAAUCUAGCAGAUGGAGUUCCUGUUAGGUCCCAGGUUAUCUGUUUUUUUUUUAUUUAUUCUUAUAUUAUAAAGUAGUUUCACUCUUUAUUAUGUCAAAUAUACCAACUCAAAACUCAAACUUUGUAAAAUUAUUACAUUUUUUAUUUUGAUUGGAAAUAUUGUGUAAUUUAUUAAAAUUUCUGAGUUUAAAGUUGUAAAAAAGGUUACAGGUAACAUUUUGUAAUUAUAUAUUUUAGAGUUAAUUGGUAGUGAUUUUUGCAAAGUUUGUGUAUUGAGUUGGUAUCAACUUAACAUAGCUUCGAAUAUGUUGACAUUAUGUGUAUGAUAUAUUAAUGUUAUAUCGAGUCAUUAUAAUAUAUUUUCACGUUAUUGUUAAAUUUGCUCAUUAUUUUGUUUGUCUUGUAAAAUAUAAUGAAAAUUAUUAAUUUAUUUGUUUACUGCAGCUUAGUGAGACAGGGUAAUUGAAGUCGUAAAGAGAUUUAUGGGGAAUUUCUUUUAUAUAAUCGAGACCGAGGUAUUAUUAGCUAUUUUAAAACUAUAACUAAAUUGAUAAUUGCUAACGUAGUGAUAGUGUUUAUUUCGCCUUCAAAAAUGCUUUAAACAUUGGUUGAAAUCUAGAAUGGUAAAUUUUUUGAAUCGAUCUGUGUAUAUAGUUGAUAGAGUUUGUAAAUAUUAUAAUCGUAUCUAUGGUAACGACCUCAUAGCACAGUGGUAUGCCUAGGUCUUGAGUUUGAAUACGACGGAUAAAAAAAAAAUUGUCUAUAAUAAAAUAAAUAUUUCAAUACGUUUAGACAGUAUUCCCUUGUUAGGUUUAGACAUAUUCCUAAAUAAGUUUGGUGUAAAUUGGAUUUUUAAUCUUUUACCACCAAUGAUAAAAAUGUAAUAGAAUUUUAAAUAAACUGAUAUAUAAACAUGG